AUGCCGGGGGCCGGAAACAAAGGCCACGAUGGUCUCGGAUGCUGGGGCCGCUUGUGGCACACACGCAUGUACAUCCAGGUACUCACAGUGACUCUGGGGAUUCCAGAUGACAUCGGCCGCAAUUGGGGGCGUCUUAGGCCUCUCUUACUCACUGUAGAUGGCGAAAAAGUCUUGCUUCCCCAGGAAUCGGAGCCAUGGGACGCCCGACAAAAGAGUCAUGUCUCAGCGCUAGACACUCCGGACUCCGGGCAUCACGUAACUACUAGCAGCAUCGUGACCGCUAUGGAGUUCAGCAUCCAUGCAGCCACCCUCAACGUAUUCGUAUCGCGGUCACCAAAUGGCACAGCUGGGAAAACACCAAGGGGCCAAUCAAAACGCUGCGGGAGCAUCUGCAAGUUGAGAGGGGAAGGAGAAAAGAGAAAAGAACAAAAAGAAGACGACGAAGAACGAAAAACUGCCGGCGGUGGCGUGCGAAGGCGUGCCAUUGAGGUGCUUCUCACGUUAAAAGAGGAAAUGAAUCAGUACCUGACCCUCGCUAUGGGUACACAGAACAUGGUACCUGUAACGCAAACAAGCUGA